CCAGCGCGCCGCCGGAGUGUGGUGAGGGCUCUGCCAAUCGCGGGCGGGCAGAGCGGGGCCGGGAUGCGCGGAGUUAGGAGCGCAGACAAAAGAAGUUAAAGAGCCGCUUAAUAUAUACAUGUUUUUGAAGGCGGGUAGAGGGAAAAAAAUAACAACAGCCAGCGUAGAUGGGCUUGGCUGUGUCGUUAUGGAGCCCCCUUUGAGCAAGAGGAACCCGACCCUGAGAUUAGCAGAUUUGGCAGCGGCUCAGCCCCAUCCUCAACAGAACAUGACAGGCUUCCCGGGGCUGGGGAACCACCACGUCCACCCCCACCACGCGGCCCACCUCCACCCCGGGGACGCAGGCGGCGACCCCGGCGGUGCCCUCACGCCGCUCGGACCUGAGCACAUGGCGCAGCCGGCCGCCCUCAAGCUCACUCCCGAGGCGCUCACCGCCGCCGCGCCGCCUUCGCUGCGCCCGCCGCCACCACCGCCACCGCCGCCGCCACCGCUGCCGCCGCCACCACCGCCGCCGCCGUACGCGCCGCCCGCCACUACCCUCCAGGGCUACCCGGCGGGGGGGGCGGGAGGCCGGGACUUCAUCUUGCGGCGGGAGCUGCCCGCUGCCGCUGCUGCCGCCGCGGUGCACGGGGCGCUGGGCGAGCAGCACCCUCCCGCCGGCUCCCCCCACCUCCCGCACGCGCCUCCCCACGGCGUCUUCAUCUCGGCCGCCGGCACCUACGGCGCGGCCGACGGGGCGCACGCCGCUUUCCCGCCGGCGCCCGGCGAGCAGGGCGCGCCUACCGGCCGCCACCCGCCUCUCAACGGGCAGAUGCGGCUGGGGCUGGCAGCCGCCGCCGGAGAGCUCUACGGGCGCGCCGAGGCUCACUACGGGGCUGCCGCCGCUUCCUCCUCGGCGCUGCAAGGUUACGGCUCCGUCAACCUCAACCUGGCGGCAGCGGCGGCGGCCGGGCACGGGCACCCGCACCACCCCCAUCCACACCACCAUCACCACCAUCAUCAUCACCACCAUCACCAUGCCCACGUCGGGGCGGCUGCGGCGGCGGCAGCGGCAGGGGCCUUCCUGCGGUACAUGCGGCAGCCCAUCAAGCAAGAGCUGAUCUGCAAGUGGAUCGACCGGGAGCCGCCUCCUCCGCCUCCUCCUCCGCCGCCGCCACCGGGCGGUAGGAAACCUUGCUCCAAAACUUUCAGCACGAUGCAGGAGCUGGUGAGCCAUGUCACCGUGGAGCACGUCGGCGGGCCCGAGCAGAGCAGCCACGUGUGCUACUGGGAGGAGUGUCCCCGGGAAGGCAAACCCUUCAAAGCGAAAUACAAACUCAUCAACCACAUCCGAGUGCACACGGGAGAGAAACCCUUUCCCUGCCCCUUCCCCGGCUGCGGGAAGGUCUUCGCCCGCUCCGAAAACCUCAAGAUACACAAGCGGACUCAUACAGGGGAGAAGCCCUUCAAGUGCGAGUUCGACGGCUGCGAGAGGAAGUUCGCUAACAGCAGUGACCGCAAGAAGCACUCCCACGUCCACACCUCGGACAAGCCCUACUACUGCAAGAUCCGCGGCUGCGACAAGUCCUACACCCACCCUAGCUCCUUGCGGAAGCACAUGAAGAUCCACUGCAAGUCCCCUUCGCCCUCUCCGCCGCUGGGCUCCCAGGGCUACACGGCUGCGGCGGCAGGGCCCCCCGACGGGCCGCUACCCCCUGAGGCCGCUCUGGCAGCCGAGCCACCCCGCGGCCCCACCGCUGCCCUCUCUCCGCCGGUCACCGACCUCAGUGAGUGGUACGUCUGUCAGGCCGGGGGCGCUCCCCGACGGCCCCGCACCCCCUCCAGCCGCGACACCUCCCCGACCUCCGAGGGGGAUGAGCCCCGCAGGACCUCGGGGGGCAGAACCGCUCCCUAGGGCCGGGCUGAGCCGUGCCGUGCCGCUGUUGUCUCCGGCCCUGCUGCACUGACCUAAGCUGCCCGGGAGCAAAGGAGUGGGAGGGCUGGCGUGGAAGCGCCAUCAGGUUUGACUCGCGCUAUUUAUUCCGUGUACGAAACCCUAUGGUGUUUGUACGGUAACUAAUUUAAUUAAAGAGACUCGGAGUUUUUAAUUUUUUCUUUUUUUUUUUUCUGUCGGGAAAUCAAAAUACAGAGUUUUUAAAGGAGAACCCAAACAAACCUAUAUGCUUUAGGUCCAAUAUAUUUAGCAAUAGCCUAAUUUAAGAGAUUUAAAUGGAGCUUUACACAAGUGUUGGAGAAGAACCUAGCCCCCUUGGUUCAGCCUCCACGGGGCUAGUGUCCUCCUCUGCCCAGCACCGGACUUCCACCCUUCCCACCAAAAUAAUGUUUGCUUGCCAAUAGCUCUUUCUCCAAGAGAUGUAAACGGGCCCUUGUUUGAGCUCGUCACAGAUUCAGCUUUAUUCUUUUAUCUUCAGUAAUUUGGAGAUUUUUUUUCCCCUGCACAUAGUUUCUAUGUUCCACUCGCUGCUAUUUGCUAGAGAAAGACUCUUGGGCUUUUUGCCCUUUGUAUUUCCUCUCUUCUUUCAUGUGGAGAAGACUGCCAACGUGGGAUUUGCAAACUGCUGCCAAUAUGGGAUUUGUGCUGCUGCGGCUGCCAAUCUUUAAUUUAGCAUAUGUAUAAAGCUAAUUUUUGGACACGAUGCUAGUGCCUGGCAUCUCUGCAGGAGUCAGCCAGGUUGUAAUGUUUGUAUUGUACUGCACUAUAAAAAACAAUAAAAAGAAAAUAUAAAGGAAAAA